AUGGCUUCAUCUUCUUCUUCAAAUUCAUUUCACCAUUCCCGUUCAAACAGCUUGCCCUCCAGACCUCACCCAGUAACCUCACAGCUGGAGGAGAAUUUGCACAGAAUAAGAACUUCUUCGGAAACAACUUGCUCAUCAUCAUCAUCCGUGAGUCAAAAGCUGAAUGGCCUUCAGGACCUGCACGAAUGUGUAGAUGAGCUUCUUGCACUCCCGCUUGUGCAACAAGCCUUCAGCCAACAGAUACACGAGAGAUGGAUCGAUGAGCUUCUGGAAGGCUCUCUUGGGCUCCUGGACCUGUGCAGCAUUGCUAAGAAUAGCCUGCCGCAGACGAAGGAAGCAUUGCACGAUCUUCAGUCAAGCAUGCGCAGAAGAAAGGGAGCCGGGCAGGUGCAGGAUACCGAGGUCCAGAAGUACUUGAGCACUAGGAAGUCGGUGCAGAAGGCGAUGAAAAAGGCCAUUUUGCGCUUGAAGAGUGCAAAAAAUGAUUCUGCCUCUUCUCUUCUCAGAAAGGACGAUGAAGCUGUGGCCUUCAUUAGCUUACUGAGAGAGGUGGAAGCUGCCACAACCUCUGUCUUCGAAUCAGUUUUCUGCUUAAUCUCCGGCACGAGACAGACCAGAUCGAGCAGCAUCUGGUCCCUUGUUUCCAAGAUGAUGCUCAAGAAAAUAACCACAUCUGAGGAAGGGAAGAUGGACCUAAAUGAAUUUACCAAGCAAGAUAUGGCCCUGGAGUCUCUGCUCAGCCACAGGACGAGCAAGGUCCAAGACCUGAUGCAAGUUGAACAGUUGUCAGUUGGCCUCAAGAAUCUCGACCUCGACAUUCAAGAUCUUGAGGAAGGGCUCGAGAGUCUUUACAGGCGGUUGAUAAAAAGUCGAGUUUCCCUUCUCAACAUACUCAACCAGUAG